AUGCCAAACAACAACAACAAAUCCAUCCCAAAACCACAUGGGGCUCCAGGUGUUUGCUCCUUGGGAGUAUCUGAGCAGACCAUCACCCCGCUCAAAAAUACCAAGCACUUACUGGUGUCAGCAUACGUGGACCAGAGAGUGAGGGAUUUGGAUAUACGCAUCAUUGGCAUAUUUAAGAAAGACUCCAUACAGCCCCUUCACUGCGUUUUUUGCUGCACAAAUUUUUUAAGUAAAACCACUCCAGCAACAAUUUUACAACAUUCUGAUCACUUUGGUUUUCCCUUCGCCACUACAGACGUCAUGUGUCAGAUUCCUCAGAACUGUAACGCUACACAUGUCACUCUCUUGACUACACCAGACAAAGAAAGUGCAUCUGAAUAUACCUGGCUUCCUAUAAGAAACCAAAAGAGCGACAGGCAAAAGGAAGAAAACAUGAAGUUUGACUUCACAGUCUGCAUUUCUAAUCUGUUUGGGGACUACAACAAUGUGCUUCAGUUUGCAGAGACUCUGGAAAUGUACAGGUUGCUGGGUGUGAACAGAGUGGUGAUCUAUAACACCAGCUGUGGUCCAGAGCUCGAUCGCCUGUUGCAAAACUACAGCGACGAGGGCUUUGUGGAAAUGGUUCCUUGGCCCAUUGACAAGCAUCUGAAUCCAUCUCGUGGCUGGCUUCACUCAGAGCACGGAGGGGACGUGCACUACUUUGGCCAGCUGACCACACUUAAUGAGUGCAUUUACAGAUCAAUGGAGCAUUCCCGCUAUGUCCUGUUGAAUGACAUUGAUGAGAUUCUAAUGCCAUACAAGCACAACGAUCUGAUGUCUUUGAUGAACACGCUCCAAAAACAGCAUCCAAAUACAGGAGUAUUUCUCAUUGAGAACCACACCUAUCCCAAGAAGCCUUUUAAUCAAAGUAAAUGGGGACCCCUGCCUCAAUGGAACGGGGUGCCAGGCUUUGAUAUUAUGGUGCAUAUCUACAGAGAGGAGCCUAACAGAAAUAUUUACCAUCCACACAAGCUAAUAGUUCAGCCAAGAGCAGUGCAGCAGACCUCAGUGCAUGAUGUGCUUAAGAUGUCUGGAACAAAGUUCAAGGUUCCACCAGACGUUUGUCGGAUCAUUCACUCGCCAAUCAGUACUCCGACCGAUCCACCACUUGAUCGGCUUCACGUGGACACCCGACUGUGGGACUUUAAAGACAAACUGCUCCCCAAUGUGAUCAAGGUGCUGCGGAGAGCAGAACUGCUGAGAUCAGAGACGCAAAACUGA